CUUUCAUAGCUCCUUCAGACAACUGCCGCUUUCACUGUUAUGAUUUGUGGAGGAGAUGCCUCGUUUGGCACCUAUUUACUCUGAAUUCUUCUACAGUCCUCUGACGGAAGAUGUGGAAGAACUACUGGCUCGUUUCCAGCAGACUGACUCAGUCAGGUAUGAGCAGUUUUCAGCCAUUUGGAGGGAGAUGGGCUUCUCGGAUGUGUUUUUAGGAAUCAUCCGUGCGGCUGAAAUGAAGAGAUUCCUCAGAAUAGCACUGGCCACAGCUGUAAAGUACUUCCUGCCUCCAUACAGCUACCAGAUCAGAGUGGGAGGCUUGUAUCUGAUGUUUGGUUUUUACCACGUCCAACCUACUGUUCCACCUGUGAAUAUCAGACUCGCUCUGAGAGACUGGGAUCAGGUUCAGAAGUUUCUCAAGGACUCUGUUGCUGCUGGACAUCAGGAUGUUGUCUACAUAUAUCAGAAGCUUGUGGCAAACAAAGCCAUACACUACACCGCCAUGCCACAUUUCCUCACCUUCCAGAAGCAGAGGAAACCAAAGAGAGAGCCUGUGUGCGCAGAGUUUCUUGGGAGGACCACAGCUGUCCAAGAGCUCAUGACUGCGGACACCCUGGAGGAGGUGAGUAACAUCCAGAGCUGCUACGAGAAGAUGAAGGAGGCUACGGUGGAGGUCGGCUCCAAGGUCACCAUGACCCAUCGAGACUUAACCACCAGCCUGGAGAAGUGCGUGUCAGAGUUCAUCACCUGGCAGCAGAAGACUUUCUCACAGGAGAACAAAGACAGGAGCUCCAGCGAUGAAGAUGAUGAGGAGGAUCGAGCUGAGAGAGAGUCCAGCAGCAGGGCCCAGCUCCUGGCCUCCAUCAAGAAGAAGAGCUACGGAAGCUGCCAGGAGGCGUCCAAGUCCAGAAGGCACCGACAGGCCCAGCUGGUGGAGUCAUCCAGCUCGGGGCCGGAGCAGGCCCAGGAGGCAGCACCACAGAAGAAGAAGCCUCCGUCACUGCGGGCUCGGACCUGGGAGAGUCUGGGGAGGAUAAAGGAGGAGAGCACGCUCCAGUCCUGGCUCCUGAGUGCUCCUGAGCAGGGAUACAGGUCUCUAAUAAAAAGGAUGAACCAGGCUGCACCUUUCAAACCAGCAUAGCAGGCGAGGAGGGACGACCAUCAGCUCCACAGACAAGUUCUGUCAUUUGUUUUUGCUCUUCCAGGUUAAAGCCAGUUCAUUUUGGAGAAACGGUUAAAUUUGAGCUGGUUAUUAAAAUUGUUUUGCAGAUAUUUUGGGAGUCAUGACAUUGUUACACUAUUCUUUGAAAGACAUAAUUAAUAAAUGCCUUUUUGUUUGAACAAA